UAACUUUGCUAUCUGAACGACAAUAUAAAGAGAAGAUGAUGUGAGUUGAGGUGGAGCCUGUACGUGGCAUCGACGAAUCAAUUCUGCGGAAGCAAGCCGGUGAAGCUCCUCACUAACGCCUAGAGACCCACGUGGUCAUGUUUCGAAGCUAAGGUUUCCCAAACGCGCACCAGUCAAGACCAGCCCAAUGAUGGUCCUUGGAAUGGUGCGAUCAAGUGCGCUGAUGGACCGGCGAAUAUAGAGGAAGUGUACUGGCAGCGACUUGCCUUAGGUCCCCAUGAAGGCUUAUAAGGACAUGUUGCGAGGUUAAUUUUGGCUUUUGUUCCUUGGUGUCCUUGAUUACAAUGCCCAGCUUUACCCUGCCUUAUGUGCCGCAUUACGUUGCGGCACCUCCUACGAAGGAAACCUUGGAGUAUGCUGACCUUGCAAUCAUCGACAUUUCGAAGGCCGCCACUGAAGAAGGUCGCGCAGCCCUCACACUUGAAUUAAGGGAGGCUCUCCUCAGCCACGGGUUCUUCUAUGUCGUGAAUCAUGGGUAUUCGCAAGCCCAAACAGCUCGUAUGUUUGACAUUGCGGACGUACCCUUUUCUGCCGUCACUGAUGGCGAGAAGCAAAAUUAUGUUUCAACCAGAAAAGAAACUGGGUCAAUCGAAGGAUAUAUAUUACUCCAGUACCCUGAUAUCGAUGGUGCGGUACGCGACCAGCUUAGCCAAUACUGCAUUCAUCGCGAUGUGACCAAGCGAAGACACCCAGAAGCCCUUCAUCCGCUCCUCCCAGAGAUCCAGGAGUUCAGCAAGCACAACCACUUCAACGUGUUGCAUCCUAUCCUAAGGCUUAUUGCACGAAGCCUAGAGCUACCCGAAGACACACUGGUGAACAUGCAUGACUAUGACGCCGUCAGCGAGACAGCUGUCAGGUUCAUCAAGUACUAUCCACGAACAAAGGAAGAAGAAACAAAAACGAAGAACGUUUGGCUGAAGGGACACACGGACUUUGGGAGCAUUACGAUUCUAUGGAGUCAACCUGUCGCUGCACUGCAAAUUCAGACCCGUGAAGGCGAAUGGCGUUGGAUCCGUCAUAUGGAAAAUGCGCUUGUCGUCAACGUAGGCGAUGCAAUGGACUUCCUUUCUGGCGGGUACUACAAGGGCACGAUCCACCGCGUUGUCCAGCCCCCAGUGGACCAGCAGAACCAUACUCGCCUUGGAGUAUUCUACUUCUCCAUGGCUAACGACGAUGUCAAGUUGAUGCCGAUGGUUGAAAGCCCAGUCUUGCAGAGAGUGGGAAUCCAGAGACGUUGCGACGAUAGCCAGGCACCGACGAUGGAACAAUGGGGGAAAGCGAGGACAAUGGCUUAUGGCUUUUCAAAACUGGAGAGUGGCAAGGAGAAGGGCGUAGAAGAAGAGAUCAUCAACGGGGUGGUAGUCAAGCAUUACAACUGAAGCUUUUUUGACAAGGUAUAAUUGUACUGGCUGUCUCACCAUCUUGGGGCGACGAAUAU